ACAUGCCCGAGACAACUGACAUGCGUAUUGAGUUUCAAAAAUGUAAAAUUUAUUAAAAUUGUGGGACUUGGUCAUGUUUCUGUGAAUAUCUCGCGCUUUUUAGCCCCAAAUCACGUCAUUUCGGCCAUAUGACACGGCCCCUAUUCCAUACAACACUUUUGGGGUGUUUCAUAUAACCCCUCAAAAAAUGAACCAUGACUUCCAUUCUUGAAGAAAAACUGCGUGAAGCUGCCUGUAUUGGCGACAUCGAAGCAGUCCUAGCUUUGCUAUCCCAGAAUCUCGACAUAAAUUCAAAAAACAGCGUUAAUGGAUGGACGGCCUUGCAUUGGGCGGCUAAACGCGGCAAUUCGCAAGUGGCCGACAUCCUACUCAGCCACGGGGCGAAUCCGAAAAUCCAGAACCACAAAGGUGAAACCCCUGGUAAUCUUUGUUCUAAUCCCGAAACCCUUGCUUUGUUAGGGGAAGACCCGAGUCAAGCCCCUCACGACGACCCCAAAUUUACCCCAAACUAUCUGAAAAACCCCCCUGUUAAUGGGCAAGUCGAUAUCGGGAAGCUGAGAGGCAAGCCGGAUUUCUCAACUAUGCCGACUACAACGCUCCCAGCUUGUCUCAAUGAUGGUAAUAAGGAAGGUUUUCGCGACUUGGUUGUGACUCCGGGGUUUGUAGAUCUCGUUCUAAAUGUGCGCAUCGCGGGGUCGAGCGAUCCUGAUUUUAUUGAAGUGGAAAUUCCGCGUUGGAAGUUGACUUAUCUCAACUUGCUCAAGAUCUGUUGUGAGGAGUUGGAGGUGUUGGAGUCGCAAGUUGAGAGGAUUAGAAAAUUGCCCAAUACGAGACUAAGGAAGGAUAGUGACGUUAAGAGGUUGGAUAAUUUCCAGAGUCUCGAGUUGGUGCUCAAGACACCCCUUGGCAGUGAUAAACCCAACAAUUGUUAUCAGAGUAUAUCAACAUGCAAGAAUCAAACUAUUUUGUACUGAGCAUAAGGAAACGCAUUCUGACAUUUGGAACUCCACGAUUUAUUUAUAUUUAUUAUAGAGAGCUGCUAGUUUAAAUAAAGUUAUUGCUUAGGAAAAUAUAA